AUGCUAUUUUUGCUGACGGUCUCCAUAUUCACGCUUCGGCUGUAUUUUCGCGUCACUUGCGGUGUCUGUAAGAGCGCGAGGGAUAUGAGUGGGAAAGUAGUAGUUGUGACGGGAGGUAACACUGGGAUCGGCAAAGAGUUAGUGCGAGAUUUGGCCAAAAGAAACGCCAAAAUAAUCCUCGGCUGCCGUUCCAUCGAGAGGGGCCGGGAGGCGAUGCUCGACGUGAUGGAGUCGACCGGAAACACCAAUAUCUACGUCAAGAGGUGUGACAUGAGUUCCUUACAGUCGGUGCGAAUGUUCUGCGAGGAUGUGCUCGACUCGGAGGACAGACUCGAUGUGUUGGUGUGUUUCGCGGGUUCCGGCGCUCCCUUUGGCCGCCACCUCACCGAAGAUGGCGUGGAGAUGCAGUUCGCGACCAACCAUUUGGGGCACUUCCUCCUCGUCAACCUACUGCUGGAUCUGAUGAAGUGUACGCCCAAUUCGCGUAUUGUCAUCACCUCCUCGUCGGCCCAUCUCUUGGGUUCAAUGGAUUUAUCAAAUAUCACGCGAUUUGAUAAGUAUAUCAGUCAUCCAUUCGUCGCCUACUGUAACACCAAAUUAGCGAACAUUAUGUUUAUGAAAGAGUUGAGCGAAAGACUAGAGAAUACUGGUGUCUGUGUGAACGCAUUGCACCCUGGUACUAUCUACACGAAUGGCAUUCGACACAACAAGAUCUGGUACAUCAAACUGUUCCUAACGUUCCUCAGCUUCCUGUACAACAAGAGCCUCGAAGAGGGCGCACAGACUCUCAUCUACCUGUCCGUCUCGGAAGAGGUGGACGGAGUCAGUGGUCAGUACUUCACGGACUGUCGACAAGCGAAAUACAAUCCACUGGCGGACGACAGUUCCCUGAGGCGGGAGCUGUGGUCAGUGAGCGCACAGUUAUGCGAUUCGCAGCUCAAGAAAAGCCUUCUUUGA